UGUGAAAAGCCCGUUAAAUAUCUUGUUCUGGGCAGGUGCACAACACCAGUAGCUAUAAAGGCCAACUCUGAAGACUCUCCUCUCGAGCAUCUUCACUUUUUCACCAUCUCUAACAUUCUCUUACUUCAUCUCAGACCAUAGCCACAACAAGAUGUAGCAAUUUGACAGAUGUCCACUUCUGAUGCCAAUGUGAAUGACUCCGUGACUGGUCACAUUAUAUCCACUACAAUCGGAAGAAAAAUUGGGAAGCCCAAACAGACUAGAACUUAUCUGGCAGAACGCAUUGUGGGGACUGGGUCAUUUGGAAUUGUCUUCCUGGCUAAAUGCGUGGAAACUGGGGAGCUAGUGGCCAUUAAGAAGGUUUUACAGGAGAGAAAAGGCAAGAGUCGUGAGCUACGGUUAAUGCGCAUGAUGGACCAUCCAAAUGUGAUCUCUCUGAAGGACCGGUUCUUUUCCACUACAAGUGAAGAUGAACUUUUUCUUAAUUUGGUGAUGGAAUAUGUUCCUGAGUCUAUGCAUCGAGUCUCAAAGUUCUAUAGUAACACUAAUCAGAGCAUGCCACUUAUCUUUGUAAAACUUUACAUGCACCAGAUUUUCCGGGGACUGGCUUAUAUCCACACAGUCCCUGGAGUUUGCCACAGAGAUUUGAAGCCUCAAAAUAUACUGGUUGAUCCUCUUACACACCAGGUUAAGAUAUGUGAUUUUGGAAGUGCAAAAGUGCUGGUUAAAGGUGAAGCUAAUUUAUCACACAUAUGUUCACUUUUCUAUCGGGCACCCGAACUAAUCUUUGGUGCCACUGAGUACACAACUUCAAUUGAUAUUUGGUCAGCUGGCUGUGUCCUUGCUGAACUGCUUUUGGGCAAGCCAUUAUUUCCUGGCGACAAUGCAGUGGACCAACUUGUAGAGAUUAUCAAGGUUCUUGGCACACCCUCCCAAGAGGAAGUUUGCAGUUCAAAUUCAAGCAACAAUGAUUUCAAGUUUCCACAGAUAUUCCACCAAAAUAUGCCUCCAGAAGCAAUUGAUCUUACUUCCCGGCUCCUGCAGUAUUCCCCAACCCAUCGUUGUACUGCGCUAGAAGCAUGUGCACACCCAUUCUUUGAUGAACUCCGUGAACCCAAUGCUCAAUUGCCAGAUGGUCGGCCAUUUCCCCCUCUAUUCAACUUUAAACAAGAGUUAUCCGGAGCUUCCCCAGAGCUUAUUGAUAAGUUAAUACCUGAUCAUGCGAAGCUACAAAAUACCCAUUUUGGUGGAACAUGAGUUAACAUGAUUGCAGCCACCAUCUGUAUAGGAUGAGUACCUUCUAAUUAAAGCUGUAUACCCAAACAUGGGCAGGACAGUGUGUAUGCAAUUGUAACUGUAGAUAUCAAAUAUGUGAUGUGAGGUUUUUUAGAAUAAUAAGAGAGAUUCAACACUAAUAA